AACCAAAAUGGCGUCCGAUUCAGCAUCAGCAGCCAAAAAAGUUUAAAAGCAAAAUGGAUGACUUAAAUUCAAAUCAUAGCAAUGAACUCUGUGACCAAUCUGAUUCCUGGAUACCAUGUUGGGAAACACAAUUGGCAGGAACUGGAGGAGAGAUAAAUCUUGUAGAAGAUAAAGAGAUAGCAUCAAGAGCUGUAGCCUUUGUUGUAAACAGUACAAGAAAAGGAAUUGUCCCUCUUUGUACAGAUGUAGCAAAUUUACUGAGAGCAAAAAGAAGUCUAGAAAAGAAAGUUCUACUCCUGACAAAAGAGAAUCAAGAAUUGAGAUCAGGCAGUCGACCAACAUCACAUUCCACAAGUCCAACUCCAGCGUCCCUGAGCUCUGACAAAAGUAUCCACGAUACUUCAUACCAUAUCCAAGAACCCUACAGACCACCCUCUAGAUGCAGCCAGUGCUCAAGUACCAUCAGUGAUUCCCCCAAAGUAAGACAGCGACCUGACAGUCAGCAGAGAUCCCCUAACAGUAUUCGUCAAAAUGGUACUAACGCAUCACCAUUAUCACAGAGAUUGAGGGCCGAUAGUCUACACAGUCAGCAAGAACAACAAGUUCAAAAUAUUGGACCUUUAAGUGAAACAGAUGUUCAAAAACCAACAACAAAUGGUCUGAUGACAAAGGCAGAGGUUCAUGUGGAAUCUAAACCUACGGUUCAUGUGGAAUCUAAACCUACGGUUCAUACAUCAGGACACUAUGACAAACACAAUAUAGACAAGAAAAAUGACAGAUAUCACAGAAUAUCACAGAAAUCCAAACAGAUAAAGUAUGAAGUUGAAGACAACAGAAAUAAUUAUGAUGAACUGUUUGGUUUAGAGAGUACCUUUGAUGCUGAAAAAGACUUGAAGUACAUUACAGAAUGUCUACAGCAAAUUGAGGUUAAACAAUGCCUUGAUAAAUUAUAUAUUGAGAAUGAAUUACACAGUAACCCAGACAACAAGGUCAAAGGUCCAAAACUUUAUAUGGGCAGUAAACAGAAAAUACAAAGUGUUAAUAAAAAAUGGUCCAGAGCCCUAUCACCUAGUGUGACAAGUGUUUGUUCUCAGCCAAUCAAAGGCUGUAAAUGUUCUCGUUGUGAGUCUGCUGUCAGGAGUGGGGAUGAAGAUGUAAAUGACGCACAGAAAUUUUCUGUUAGCUAUAAACUGCAAGUGCAACAAGGUGAUUAUGUUGUUGCCAAGGGAGACAAGACUGGAAGAAUUUGUUAUAUUGGUCACCUUGACAACACACCAGAUGUGUUAUAUGUUGGCCUUGAACUUGCUCAACCAGCCGGACAGCAUGAUGGAUUUUAUAAAAGUAAAAGAUACUAUUCUUGUAAGAAGGACCAUGGUAUAUUUGUUCCCCUCCAAGAAAUACUUUGUAAAGUUAAUAAAAAGCCUCCAAAAUUAUUGAAGACUCCAAGUAGAGAAGGAAAAAUAGAAGAAGUAACAAAACUGUGACAAUGGUUUAAAGGAAGAUAUUCACAGAAAGAUUCCGUCCAUCAGUUGGGAAAAACUAAAAGUGUGAUAGAUUUAACAAUAUGUCAUAGAACUUCACCAUUAGAAUUAUUAGAACGUUUAUUUAUCAGAGUUUGAAAUAAGUAUUUUUAUGCAAUAGCCAAUUACAUAAGUGUAAAGUUAAAAUCAAAUCUGCACAAAGCAAUUGAAGCAUAUAUUUUGUUUUGAUUUAGAAAGAGUUUCUUUCAAGGAAUGGGGACCUUCUUCAUUUGCUGCAGUUUUCAUUUUCAUUUUUCAAUUUAUAUUAUAUAUUGGUACAUACACUACAUAUCAUUGGGAUUUUGUUAUUUCUGGCUGUCUGUUACAGGAAUGGGCAAAUCUUUUUGAUGUCCUUUGUGACCACCCCUGAGUGUGGAUUCUUUCUUGUAUUUAUCAUAAGCAUUGGUUAUUUUUUUUCGGACAGAAAUGCCAUUAUGGAUUUGGGUUGGUAUAGCUGUUCCAGUAGUUUCAAUGCUUUAACUUGAGAAUCUUCAACUGAUGCUUUUCAAAAUUAAAUAUGUUGAUAACGAUUAAGAAAUAGAGGUCAAAUUUGAUAAUGAUUAAGAAAUAGAGGUCAGAUUUGAUAAUGAUUAAGAAAUAGAGGUCAAAUUUGAUAAUGAUUAAGGAAAAGAGGUCAAAUUUGAUAAUGAUUAAGAAAUAGAGGUCAAAUUUGAUAAUGAUUAAGAAAUAGAGGUAAAAUUUGAUAAUGAUUAUAUUCACUGUUGACCUUGUUUGUUGUCAAUUUGACAGCUCAUUUCAAAGGGGAUUAUAAACUGUUGUCUUUUUACUUCAUGUUUUCCUUAAAAGAUAAUUAUAAAUUAUGGUUGAUUAUCUCAACGAGAUAGAUUUACUCGCUUGAGCCAGGAUGUCAAAAGUGAGAAAAGCAAUCGAGUUGAGAUGACCAAUGAUCAUCUGUUUAUCGCUUUUUUACCUUUGAUGACAUUGUCAAUUUCAUGUCAAUUUCCUAAGCGAUGCCACAUGUCUUCUUAGUUUCUAGCGAUGUUUUUCCAUAUCAAGGGGGAGAAGCAUGAUAUGAAAAAUUAUCACUAAAAAAGAUCAAAGGAAAAAUACACAAAAUAGGGAUAAUUAAUAUUAUUUAUUUCCUUAUGGUGAAAUGGUGUAAUUUUAUUCAAAAUACAUAUAUAUAUCAUAAAAUGAGAUGUGAUCUGCUAGAUUGAGAAUAGCCAGGUAUGUGAACAUUGAUUUCAUACACAUUUUAGUACAAAAUUGCAGGCCUAAGCAACAAAACAAUUAAUUUGGAUGGCUUCAAUGCUUAGUGUUAAAUAGAUAUUUUUACUCCCCACUCGGUAGCAAAAUGGGCAUCAAGUUUAAGCCUUGUCUGAUUGUACAUUGGUCUCUAUAUCUAUCCUAAUGUCCUGAAAUUGGUAUUUCUUCAAACUUCAGUGUGCCUCAACCAAAUGUUAUGAAACUUAUAAAUAAUGCUUACCACAAAACACAUAUCAAGUUUGAAUUUGGGUGCGGUCACUGCUACAUUUUUAAAGUUAUGCCCCUUUUUAAAUAAGAAAAAUGGCUGAAUUUUUCUUUUCCAUUCUCUAAUUUUAGUUUGCUUCAACCAAAUUUUAUGAAACUUAAUACUUAAUGUUUAUUACCACAAAACUCAGUUAAAAUUUAAAUAAGUAAAGGGUUCUUUUGUUGUGUCCAUUUAUAAAAUUAUAUGCAAAUGGAGUCAUUAUCUGUGUACCAUGGACAAAUGUACAUUCUACAUAUAUUGUGUACAAUUUUACUCAGGGCUAUUCCAGAAAAAAAUGUGUUGGGGGGUUGGAAGAGACAUGGUAUUAAUAAUACAUGGGUGAUGGGUAUCAGAGCAACUUUUCACACUAUAAUGCACUAUAAUUCUCUAUUACAAUUGUCUGGGUGGCGGGUGCUGACAAAAACUGCCUUCCAACCCCCAUACAUUUUUUUCAAGAAUAGCCCUCAUAAAAAAAUAUUCAAAAAGGGGCAUUAUAUUAUUUCAAACUCUGAUUGUUUCAUUUCAAAAUUCUUGUAAACAAAUUAUGUUAGAAAGUGUCUCAAAAACCUUGUAAAUGUGAAAAUGUACAGAAGUUGUGAAAUUUAACAAAAUGUUGUCCUGUAAAAGGAAUAGUAUGAAUGGUUGAAAUCAAAUACCUUUAUACAAAGAUUGUUUUAAACAAAUUUCACUGCAUGUGCAAAUUGUUUUAUUUGAAAUGUUGUAGUUUAUAUAAAAAAAAGGUUUACAUACAAAUAGUAUUAUAUUUAUUGUAUUUAUAUUUUCAUAAUGUGUUUUUUUAAACUAUGAGAUUAAAUGAAAAGUUUAAAAUUAAUUGUAAAAUUUAAUGCCCUUCCAAACUGGUUUUCAGUGAAGUUAUAGUCUAGUAUACCAUUGACCCCUUAUGGAAAAUAAGAACAAGACACCUUUCCUUUACUAUACUAAUUAGUGAAAGGAGAUGGCACAUUUUAACAGGUCACUUUUAGGCCCAAGAAUAUAAUUUAUUUUGAACUUCAGUCUUAUCCUAUCAUAAUAUAGGGAAAUGCAUUAACACUAGAAAUUCAAAUGGAUAAAACAAUAGUUACAAAGUUGAGAUAUCUUUAUUAGCUUGUAAUAUGACCAUGUCCAUAUCCACUAAAUAUAACAUUGAAUACAAAUGGUCAACUGAAAUCAAAUGUUAUUAAAAGCUCUUU